AUGGAAAACAGAUGGAGAGAGGAGCGUGUUGGUAUUGGCUACGGGAUCAUCCUGUGGCGAAAACACGGCCGAAGAACAAAACUUUCCGUCAAAACGAAUGCAUUGCUUGAUAUUCGACUAGGAGGAGACGAGGAGUCUCACACGAAGGCGACCAAUUCAUUAUUCACGUGGAAGGGGAGGGAUUUUUACGAACUAUGUCGACCAAUUGCUCGAUGGAAUUCCCCACUGAGGAGUAAAGAAACUUUCAGCGAACAAGAGAUGGCUACUUGGUUGACUUCUUCUUAUCCCAAGUCUCCGUCUUAA